AUGCAAUAAGAAAACUCAGAGUAAAAUAAAAAUUCAAUCCCCUCUGAAUUUUGGUAUGGAUAAGGGUUCUAUUGUCCAGAAUGCCACUUCGCCUUUGCAUACUUUUAUGAAUGGGAUCACAUGUGGUAUGAAUGUUAUUGGAAAGAAUACAAAAAUGGAGAAUAUGAAUAAGCAGAUAACCUAUCAAUUAAAGAGAAUGAUGAGUUAAAAUGCAUCAGAUGCGAAAAGACAGUUAAAGUCGUAAAGAGAAAUGAAAAUUGA